UCACUAUUUCACAAACUUCAUCAAUAAAAUGAUUAAAAUCCCAUCUUCAUUCGUCAAAACUUUCAACCAAAUUAAACGUGUUUCUACUCCACCUAAUGUGAACUCAAUUUACUCAAUCACCAAAAAUUCCACACAUAAAUUAUCACUUUCACAUUCAUAAUUUCUUCAUAACUUAAAACUUCAUCUUAUGAUAGUAGUAUGAUAUAUCCUCACAUUUCUCUUUCAUUCUUUCUCUACUACAAUUUUUUCAUUACUACUACGACUAUUGUUAUUUCUACUCUAGUCAAUAAGUUGCAAACAAAAAUGUCAUCUAAGUAUUCUAAGUACACAAAACAAAAUAAACACGGGUGCUUCUCUAGUAUCCUUCAAAGAUUCAUUAGUACGGGUAAUCUCCCAACCCACCCAUCUCCACCUGAUAAAAGUGACUCAUUUUCGCGAGCAGUACUAAAUGAUGGUAAUGAUAAUGUUGUCGUAGUUAAUAAUAGUCCCGGGAUAGUUGCCAAAUUAAUGGGGUUAGACUCAUUGCCUAAGUAUGAAAAAACCACUACACUCGAUUCGCUUUUUCGAAGUAAGUCGCUUAAUUCAUUACAAUUCUUGCCUGAUUUCGACCCAACAAGAGCUGCAUUUCAUCGUGGUGCACGAAUUUCGGCUUCUUUUCAUGAACAAGGCCAGCAUUGUAGCUUUUUGGGUACAAUUGAGGAGGAUUUAGAGAAAGAAAAUGAGGUUGUUUUUAAUGGGAAAAGUAAGAAAAGGUAUGAAGAAUGUGUUACUAAUAAUAAUACUAGUAGGAAAAAUACUAGGAGAUUAAAGAAUAAUGAUGAUUUAAGGGAGAAAUGUAGGUUGCAAAAAAGGAAAUCUAUUAAUGAUAAGAAAAAAGUUAAUGGGAAAGUUGGUGUAAAAAUUUAUAGUAAGAAGAAUGUUGAUCAUAAUCAAGAUAUGUGUGUUGAAGUUCAAAGUGAUGAUCUUCAAAGAAGUCCAGUUUCUGUUCUUGAUCAUUAUAACAAGGAAGUUAGUCCUUUUUCCAAAGGGAAAGGAAAACAAAAAAUCCCUUCAAAUUCAAGGAGAAAAUCAUCAUCCAAAAUCAAACUUCAUGAUAAUUUGGCACAAGAUAUACAGCUCAAAACAAAGGAAAAUUAUGAAAAUUGCUGUAACAAGAUUGGUAGCAAACACAAGCUGGUGAAAACAGAGGUUAAAGCAGCAGAUGAUUUUGUUGAAAUGUUGAGUUAUAUUUGUAAGUUGGCUGAAAAGGAGGUAAAAGACUCAAAGUGGGUGAAAAAGUAUGACUUAAUGAAGGAACAUCUUGUGGAAGAGUUGUCCAUACAUUUGGGUCAAGAAAUGGUGGACUUGUUGUUAGAUGAGCUAUUAGGUGAAAUUAUCAUGUUGUAAUUAAGGCCCAAGUUGAGAUAAAAUGUCAUGUAAUUACUAGCAGCCCAUUUAACUUUAGACAAAUUAGAGCACCAAGAAAGAAUUAUAGGAAAAAUAAAACAAGAUAGAAGAAAGCAAAAUCUUCCUCCUAUAUGACUGUAUAGGUAUAUUUUUCCAUUUUUAGUCAUAGUGAAACUCGUAAGUUGUAAUUGUUAUUGUUAGAAUCUGACAGAACGCAAUGUCGACAACGGUGGUAAUUGAUCUGCAGCAAAGAGAGAGAAGAGAAGGAGGAGAAUAGAAUGUUUUUUGUGUGUAUCUUAAAUUGAUCAGAAGCACUGAUUUUAUAGGAGAAAAUCAGGCCAAAAAACGGAAGGUUAAGUUUAUUCCCCAAGGCCCAAGGCCGGGCGACGCGCGAUAGCAAGUCCAAACCAAACAUGACAUCCAACCACAAAAACAACUCAAGUACCAACCCAAUAAGAGGAAGGAGGGAGGGAAUAUAAAAACAAGGAGACAUUCCCUCCCACAAGCAAUGUGGGACAAUAUAAUAAAAGAAGCUAAAACUUUUCAGCCUUAACUCCAACAGUUAUAACUGACAACAUUCUAGAAUA